CUAGCAAGUAAGCGAACGAACGAACGAACGAAGGCGGGUACUUCCACGAGAGCUUCUCGUUUCGCAAGGUUCUCUCGCGUACGUCGUACCGUCGGCUUUAAGAACUCCUACUUCUUCGCGAGGAUUCCGAGAGGAAAAAUAAGGAAUUUAACAAAGAAGAUAAUAAGAAGAUGACGCGCGAUGGAUUAUACUUCUAAUUCGAGGAACUAAAACGUCACUUUUUGAAAAAGUUCGAAAAUUAACGGCGACGACAACAAACGAAGACGCUUUUGACAGGAGGAGAAAGAAAAAGAGAUUUAAGCCCCUUCCUCUCUCGUCAGAUUCUAUUCCAUCUCGUGGGUUGGUGUGUAUCUCUACCGUCUUCCUCGCGUCGCAUCGUAUAAUAUCGUAUCGUAUCGUGUCGUGUCGUGUCGUGUCGUUCUCGUGCGCGCGCGCGCACGCCCGACCGUCCACUGACCGUGCCGCGUUCGCUCCUAGUGUGUGUCGUGUGCUCUGCCUCAAGCCCGUUGAUUUGUCGCCGCUUCUGAAAGGUGGGGAUAACGGGAGUGGGACAAGCUGUGCGUGCGUGCGAGAGAGACUCCCGGACGAACGUUCUCCGGGACAAAGAAAAAAAAUCCACCACCUAGUGACAGUCCUCUUUUUUUUCCCCACCCUAUAUUUUUGUAGAAUAUUAUCUUAUAUAUAUAUAAUUAGUGGUCCUAUUUUUAAGAUGAAACGAUACUCGUGACUGUAGUUUGUUUCGUGUGAUUGGACUUAGAGAUUAUUUACGGGAAAAUAUUUUCAACGAAUGACAGGAUGGAUGUGCUCGAAGUGAGGCCCCGAGAAACACGGCGCAGGAAAAUCGUUCCCGUAGGCGGGGCUUAAGGACGGCGACACGUGACACCCGAGGAAACUGUCACGCCGCCCUUGUCCUCCCUCCUCUUCACACCCCGACAUCACCACCUCUUCCACUUCUUCAACCCCCACUAUACUACCUAUAUGCAUAUCGUGACUAUUCUACACUGUCGUUGGGCUUCUGAAAAAUGAGGAACGUGUGGACGUUGUGCUAUGAGAAAGAUGUGUAUUAAUUAAUUAGGAUUUUAUGCUCGAAAUGGGGACACGUUCGUUACUCCUUCAAUUUCUUCUGCGUCGAAAUUGUCGAGAAAUUAUUAAUGAUAAAAAACGAUGACGACUGAUACACAUUUCUUAUGGUUUUCCUUCCAGUGUAUUUUGAUUUUUCUAUUUCUAUCCUUAGGCAUGAAUUAUCGUAGAUUCUAUUUAAACACACGAAUCGAAUUUCAGGAAAUAUUAUUGAAAGUUUGAGGUGUGGGUGAAGAGAACGAUGAGAUUAUCGAAGAAGGAGUGUCUACCUGACACCUGAACAAAGAGAGACCGAGAAAGAUAGAAAGAACAUUGUGUUGACGAGAAAAUGCAGCAAGCUAGCGUGGGCGGCUGCGACGGGGAUUUGGAUCAGCGGAGGAGUCCGUGCACAAGGUCUCCGCAGGUGAAGUGCGAGCCUUUGAGCGACAACAGAACUAUUAGCAACGAGUUGCUCGAUAACGGCAGAGUGAAAGUGAAGUUGGAGAUGCCGGAGCCUACCGAAGGUUACGAAUCAAAGCCUGAACCGAAAGGAGAGGAUUUUCAUCCUCGUCCGGAUUUGGAUUAUGUUUAUGAAAGAAAACCAGAAGCUUUUCUUGGAAAAUUGGAAAGCCUUGAUUAUCCUGUUAACUGUCAAGGAAUAGUAGGAACAACAACAGCGGCAGGAAGAGGGGAAGGAGGAUUAUAUCAACGUCCCGAUUUAACCAAUUCGACGUUCGGGUUUCCUCGUUUUUAUGGACCACCCACGAGUGCACCAGCUCCACGUUUAACGGAUGCAUUUUCAAGUAGACGAACUGACGAACCUAAACACGAGGAUCAUCACGAUCGAGAAAGAUCGUCGCACGAUCGACACGCAGCUUACAGGAUGGCGGUUUCUGCGCUCACAAACGACGGCUACCUUCGUGAUCAUCAUCAUCAUCAUCAUCAUCAUCAUCAUCAUCGACUCCCUCAUCCUCAUCAUCUAUCUUCUAUUCCUUCCUCUCAUCACCAUCAUCACCAUCAACAGCAACAACAACAACAGCAACAACAGCAGCAACAGCAGCAGCAACAGCAACAGCAACAGCAGCAGCAGCAGCAGCAAUGCUUUGACGAUUAUCAAAGAGUUAAGGCAUCGACUUAUCCAUCCUUAUCCUUCCCACCCUUCAGACCGUCGUCCGUACCACAACGCGUUCCUUACGGUGUUAAUCAUCAGAACAAUAGCAUUUAUAGGACCACCGGACAAUAUCAUAACAGACAACAACGAAAAUGGAGCAACGUGACGGCUUCUCUUCGUGGCUUGCAACCAUCGAUACCA